AUGUGCUCCGGGUCACCAUCUACUCGUCCGUCUCCCAUUCACUUCCCUGCUGUUGCCAGGUCAUCGCCGGUCUCGUCUGGCAGCCUUCAUGUUCCGACUGUUCACUCCGAGCCAGCGCACGUCAGCGCCAUUACACCGCGUGUUCACUCUCGCUCUCCGUUGCUUCUCUCGCCGGCGGCCUCAGUGUCUGUGUCUCGUUCCGAAAGUCCGACUAUCGACGUCACGGUGCAUUCCUCGUUCGAAGAGAAGGCUCUAUGUCAGCAGCCAACUACCACAACAGGCGAAGAAGAUGAAGAGGAAGCCCCUGCUCUCGAAGAUGACCCUGCGUACGCCUCACGGGAAGAACUAUUCGAUGACCUUUUCCAUGGUAUACACCAUUCCGCAGACCUGUUCUACGACGGCCUUGCCUGUGAACCGCCAGCUUUCAGUGAGGCUCCCGUUAUUCGGAACGCGUAUAUCGAGGCGUUCAUUUCGGCUACCUUCGACCAUGCGACCCACGAAGCGGUGCAGCGCAGUCUGAAGAGUCACCAACGUACGAUCGCAUCCCUCGACCGGCGUCACGGUCAGGAGACCCCGGGACUCGACAAGAUGGCACUCACUCUUCGUACGGUGGAACGUCGUCUUGGCAUCGACCCUGAUCAGUGCAUCGUGUACUACUUCUUGUGCAACGUAUGCUGGUUUCGGCAUCAUCCUUCCGAGCUAUACAAGCUCGACAGCCCGGAUUGUACCCAGGAUGGCUGUUCAGGGACGCUGUUCACGGCAAAGGUGAUGAGCAAUAAGAAGACCAAGCGCAUACCGGUGAAGAUCUUCCCUGUCACCCCGCUUAAGCAGGCGCUGCAGCGAAUACUUCUCCGACCAGGGAAGUACGAGGAGUUUCAACACUGGCGGAAGGAGGGUGACGAACCGGGGCGUGUACCGCCUUUGACGGCACGCGGGAUGGACGCAUUCGAGGAUCCCUCCGUUCGCAUGCAGGACGUGUAUGACGGCUGGGGAUGGCGUGCGAUACAAGCAGGCCUGAAACGGCGUCGUGGUGGGAAAUGGGAUGUCGAGGACGUUGAUGUUCAUGAAAUUCAUCAGCGGUUUGUUUCUCUCCCAUGCGGCCUGGUACUGAUGUUCAACAUCGACUGCAAGCGAUCACAUCACUCGACAGGUGCGGUUUAUGUUACAAUCUGCAACAAUCCUCGACACAAGCGGUUUCUGAGGGAGGAGAGCAUUCUUGUAUCUGGCAUCCCCGGACCGCAUGAGCCAUCGCUAGAGCAGCUCAAUCAUAUCCUUGAGCCCUUCGUUCAAGAUGUCAAAGAACUCGAGGACGGUGAGCUACUAUCCAAUUUGUGUAACCGUGUGCUCAUGAAGGUUCACGGGAAGGAGGGUGUGCAUCCAAUACAUGGAACACUGUAUAUUGACGCCUCCGACCUCCCAGCCAGUCGUAAGGCAGCCGGUUUGCGUGGGCCAACAUCGAAGGACUUUAUGUGCUGCUAUUGCUACCAGAGCUUCGAUUCGCUCACAACUGCAGACGCGUUUGAUUCGGAAACAUUUCGUCUGCGAGAUGACUGGCGCUUUCUCAAGUACGCGUUUAGGGCACGCAUAUCAGACUCUGAGGCACGCGAUGAGAUUGCAGAAAAGCGUGGCAUACGCUGGUCUAUCUUAGAUGCUCUUCCGGGAUGGAUGCCGGCGCAAAACUCACCCCCAGAACCGAUGCAUGCGAAUUAUCUUGUCCAGAUCAAACAUACAUUCCAGGAGAUCCUGGUUGGCUCUGGGAUGUUCACUGCUCGUAGCCGGAACGACAAGCCACUCACGAAGUUUGAAGACUUCCUCAACUCAAUUUGGUGGCCUUCGUCAUCUGGACGUGUACCGCAGAAGGCGAUCAAGGCAGACCAGUGGCGCAACCUUGUCCAUGUACUAGCAGUCGCCCUGUACUGUGCAUGGCAGACAGACGGCAUCAUCCCUGAUACCGAUGCACCACGCCCCAAGCCCAAAACCAAUGUGGCGAAGGCCCUUUCAGCAAAAGAACGACUGUUGCGGUUGCGACGACAUGCUGUUCUUGCGGCACGCGAUAAUGCGACGGCGGCCGAGUUCGAUGCCGCAGAUGCUUUAGAGAUCAGUCGGAACUACCAGGAACACUACAGUAACGUUCUCGAGCUCUGCACCGCUCUGCGGAUCUGGGGAUCACAGUCAAUAUCACCAGACGAGGUGAUACGGGCGCAUGAGUGCCACGCUCGAGCAUGUCAGGCUUGGGCGCAAAUGAACUGCCACUUGACACCGUACUUCCACCUCGCUGCACACAAUCCCCAGUUUUACCUGCGCCUAGGCCCUUCGUACGCAUGGUGGGCGUACCCAUAUGAGCGGAACAAUGGGUUCCUCGGUCGUUUCAAGACAAACGGACACACUGGUGGGGAGCUCGAGGCGACAAUGAUGCGCGGUUGGAUCAAAAGUCAAUUGAUACAUGAUCUUAUUCUGCGCCUUGACAACCUUGAUCACAAGUCAGUAGAGGACAUCGCCGUCCUUGAGGAAUUGCGCAGUCUUCUCAAGAGCAACAGUCGGCCGAAUCAUCAACGUGGUACACUCCUCAAUCUCGUUGGCCAGAUGGUUGCCCGGGACACUGGUGAACGACUCAAACUCCCGCAGCAGUCGAGAAAAGUCAAGCUCGUUGAUCUUGGCAUAUACGGUCUUGUCUUGCGUUUUCUGCAGCAUACCUGGGGCGAUGUAGUGCACCUCGUUCCAGCCACUGCACCUGUCGACGCCGGGGAACCCUUCGUCGCCACCAAUAUUCCCACCUAUUCGCACAUCCUCGUUGAUGGUCUUCGAUACGGGGCAUAUACAAUGCAUCGUGGACGAACGUCAUGCUAUGGGUACAUCGACGGUCGUUGCCCUGUGCGUAUCGUUCAUCUACUGACCAUCAAGCACCAACGGCGCGACCGCGCGCUGGCCCCGUUGGAGAUAACAUGCGCUGUUGUACAGCGUUUCUUUGCAGAUGAGAACAUGCCGGUGAUGCCCUGGUCCAUGCGUUCGACAGACCUUGGCAUUGCCACUUGGCACGUAGAUCGUUUUGCUGCGGCCGAGAUCGUUCAGGUGACCCGCUUCUCUGGACACUUCGCCCUUGCAGAGGUUCCGUACCAAGAUCACAAGUUCUGGGUCACCAUGUCGCUAUGUCAUGUACGUUGUGCCUUGUCAAAUCCACGGGACUGUGACUCACUGUGGCUGCUGACACAACUCACACUGUGA